AUGGUAUUGCGGAAGAAGGAGCUAGAUGGGUUGCGCGUGGGACCGUUCAGUAAGGAGGAGGAGGACAUCCUUCGCGGGGCAGUCGAGAAAUAUGUGACUGAGCAAUUCGGCGGCGAUAGGGAAGCCGCCAUGCGCAACCUGGUCACACAGCGCGGUAGAGAACCGUCCGAUGCGUUAUCAAUCGGCCGGGCGGCACUGCCGCUCCGACAUCCGAAGUCAAUUUACAACUUCAUUCGCAGACGCAUCAUCCAACAAAAAUUGGGCAGGUGGUCUACGGAAGAGGUGUACAUGCUGCUAGAGCAUUACUUCAAGAACGAAAACGCGCAUGACGAUGAGACAAAGAGCAAACAAAGGUGGCGCGGUGUAGCGCAACAGAUACACCGGCUCCCGGAACAGGUCCACGACAAGUGGAAGGAAAUACGACCGCAUAUAGAUAUAUAUCGACGCAUAUUUCAACAGGACUACCUCACCAAAGAGGAGCGGUUGGAUCUCAUUUCGAAGAUUGGCGUAGGCAAAAGCUAUCCUGCACAACAUCUAUGGCAAACCCCUGACGGAGAGCGUCCCACGGCAAACUCAUCGCAGGCAACGACGGGAACGCUCUCUGUUCAACGGAGCCAGCUGGACGACGAUACGCGCAAACGUGUGCACGAAUACAUAGUUCAGCUCGUAGAAGACGGAACGAUACGCCCGCCAGUUGUGUACAACAUCCCGUGGAUCAAAGUGCGAGAUAAAUUUACUGCAUUCUCAGAGUCUCAGAUCAGGCUUGGGUGGACGCUACAUACGUUUCCCCUGGCCAUCAAAAAACACAAUCCAGCGUUCAGCAAGCUGGUUGUCGCCCGGUGCGGGAUCUACCUGAUGCACCAGAGCCGGAAAAUACCCGACCGGCUGAGCCAUGUCGACUUCGAGGAUUGGUUCCCGCAACUGCCGCAUUUGUAUGUCUCGAUGUGCGUGAACUCCCUGCUGAACAAAUGCAUUUCGAGGUUUAAGCGGGGCACGCUCAGGAACGCCGAUGUGCACUACGCCCGCGGCGCUGUUGUGGCGGACAUCGAUCCAGCCACGCUGACAAUAAACCCGCAGGCGGAUAGUGAGUGCUCGAUCGCAGCCAUAGGUGACAAAAAGUCUUCAAGGUCGAAGAGGUCGGCGGAGUUCUUCUCCGACGAAGGGAACAGGAACCUUAUCUCCGCGCACUGUCGAAGCGCUGGUGCUCGUUGGGUGUCGGUGCAGGGAGGGCGAUUGUACCUGACGCUCAAACGGCAGAUCCGGCUGGCGUACUGCGAAACACGGGCCGACAGGCAUUUCCAAUCGGACAUGGCGAUUCUCGCGUCCAUAUCGCCAUCGUCGUUGCCGACGAUGCGCGAUGACGAUCCCUGGUGGGAUUACUGGCAGCCAGACUCGCCAGAAAUCAUGAGCUCUAACUCACGUUUCGUAUAA